UGCGGAUUCCGCUAGUUUAUUAUAGCUCCCUCCCAAUCCUCGUAAAGCAAAUGCUUUAAGAGAGCGAAAUCGUCAACCGCAAAUUCGAAUUCUUACUGUUGGAAUCGCUGGUCCCGGAAGAUGCCGAUGACGGAGACAGAGCGGCCGCUGUUGGCGGUGGAGGAGAGAGCUUACGAGGAGGCGGAGAAAGUGCACAUAGUCGGGGUCGACGAGGACGAUGACGAGCUCGGCGGCUCCCUGCGGUUCUCGUGGAGGAAGCUAUGGCUCUUCACUGGACCAGGGUUCCUGAUGAGCAUCGCGUUCCUCGACCCGGGAAACCUCGAGAGCGAUCUCCAGGCUGGAGCCAUCGCCGGGUACUCGCUGCUUUGGCUGCUGAUGUGGGCGACGGCGAUUGGGUUGCUGGUUCAACUCCUGGCGGCGCGCCUUGGAGUCGCCACGGGCCGACAUCUGGCCGAGCUGUGUCGGGAGGAGUAUCCGACAUGGGCGAGGAUGGUGCUUUGGAUCAUGGCGGAGGUUGCUCUGAUCGGCGCUGAUAUUCAGGAGGUUAUUGGGAGUGCCAUAGCUAUCAAGAUUCUGUCUAAUGGGUUAAUUCCUCUCUGGGCAGGAGUUGUCAUCACAGCUCUCGAUUGUUUCAUAUUUCUGUUCCUGGAGAACUACGGCAUAAGGAAACUAGAAGCCGUGUUUGCUGUUCUGAUUGCAACAAUGGCACUCUCAUUCGCUUGGAUGUUUGGCGAAACAAAGCCCAGUGGAACUGAACUCCUUGUUGGUGUCCUGGUCCCAAAGCUCAGCUCGAGAACAAUAAAACAGGCUGUUGGUAUUGUAGGAUGCAUCAUCAUGCCUCACAAUGUGUUCUUGCAUUCUGCACUCGUGCAGUCGAGGGAGAUCGACCCGAAAAAGACACAUCGGGUCAAAGAAGCACUCUUGUACUACACGAUUGAAUCGACUGGAGCUCUCGUAGUUUCGCUUAUAAUUAACGUCUUUGUGACCACGGUGUUUGCAAAAUCAUUUUUUGGGACAGAAAUAGCAGAGAGUAUAGGUCUUGCCAAUGCAGGGCAGUACUUACAAGACAAAUACGGUGGUGGGUUUUUCCCAAUACUCUAUAUUUGGGCAAUCGGGGUAUUAGCGGCAGGUCAGAGUAGUACAAUCACUGGUACUUAUGCUGGGCAAUUCAUCAUGGGAGGAUUCCUGAACCUAAGGCUGAAGAAGUGGUUGAGGGCCUUAAUAACGCGGAGCUGCGCGAUUGUCCCGACCAUGAUCGUUGCACUUGCUUUUGACUCCUCAGAAUCUUUGCUUGAUGAGCUGAACGAAUGGCUGAACGUUCUGCAAUCUGUCCAGAUACCCUUUGCUCUUAUCCCUCUUCUAUGCUUGGUCUCCAAGGAGCAAAUCAUGGGCAGUUUCCGAAUCAAGCCUCUCGUACAGGGGGUAGCCUGGGUAGUGGCUGCAUUGGUGAUAGCCAUCAAUGGGUAUCUUCUAGUCGAUUUCUUCUCAGGGGCUGUAACAGGCGUGGCGUUUCUGACUGCUGUUGUCAUUAUCACCAUUGCUUACAUCGUGUUCGUGCUUUAUCUCAUCGCACGGGGCAUUACCUUCACCCCAUGGCCUCUGGUGGCGGCGGCUCCUUCAAAACAAACACAGACAGAAGCCGAAUAAUUUUAUCUAUGUAGUAGCAGUAGUCUUCCAAUCCUUCAGGAGGAGGCCGCGAUAUCUUGAGGAAAUAUGGUUGGAGGAACACCAGAAAGAAACAAGUUGUUAAGUGUUGUUGUACGAGGAAAAUCCAUAGAGUGUUUUGACAAAAAAAAAAAUCCGUAAGAGUGUUUUACAAAGGUAAGCCCUUUUUGUUUUUGGCUUUUGCCAUUACGACAUGUAACCGAGACUGUCUAUUUAAUACUUCCUCUGUUUAGUUUUAUUUGA